CUGCCGUUGCUAGGAAGCGCGCACCUGUUGCCUGGUUACGGACAGACUGACUCCAGCACGCGGACAGAAUCGACGCGUUUCUACUUUUUUUCACUCGCGUUCACUUCAAGUUAAAAAAGAAACAAUUUGUUAUUAUUGUGGUAACAAAGACAAAAUGGAAGAUUGUCACCGGACAAACGUGCUGGUGACGUCGUGUCUUAAGACGCCGGUGGACCCGGAGACCAAGGCGCCAUUAGCUUCCUACGAGCGCGAGAGAGUCGUGCCCCGCGCGGCCUCGGGUCACGUGGCCAACCGCGAGCACGAGGAAGAGCUGGACUACGACGACUCGGGCUCUGAUUUCUGUGACGACGACUGUCGGGCGGCGGGAGAGCGUCUGGACCUGAGCGGCAUCUUCUUCUCUAACGAGGAGUACUACAGCAAACUGGAGGAGCUGAAGAAGGCUCACCUCCGCACCAUGGCCGAGCUGGAGAGCAUGUACCGCCGCAAACUGCACCUCAAGCUCCUGGAGCCUGGAGGCGGGGCGGCGAUGGAGGUGGGGCACAGGUCACCGUGGUCCAGCCCGGCGUCCUCACGCCGUCUCAGGAAGUCCUUCUCUGCUGUGGAGCUCAGGAGACCCUCAGCAUCGUCACACUCUUCAAACGAGGACGAAGCCACCGCCAACGACAACAUGGAGAAGGAAUACGUGAAGAACAUGUGGAGGAACUUCAGGUUGUCCCCAAAUGCUCGUCUCCUGUCCACCUCCUCGCUCCAGAGGCUGCCGGGCAGUGACCAGAGGAGAGAGAGCGAGAAGAAGAGGCGGCGGCUGAAAGACAGCGAGCAGGAGAACUGGAAACACAGAGUCACUGUCCCAAAACCGUUCCACAUGACUCUGCGAGAGGCCGAGAGGAGGAGGCGUGGCAUAAAGACGCGCUCGGAGGUGGAGCUGGAGAACACGGUGCUGCGGCGGCAGCUGGAAGAGCUCACCGAGUGCCAGAGGAAGUUCCACGCCACUCCCGUCCCCGCACACGCUCACCUCGCGCUUUACGAAGAGCGGCGGCGGAAUGCGCACGAGGAGCGGCGCCUCGGAACCGUCGCCAGACCUUUCAGCUUCCUGGAGAGGGAGCGGCUGAAGAAGCAGCAGAAACAGCAGCGUCCGCCUGACGCGUCCAGCGAGGACACUUUCAAAGCCUUUAAGGCCAAACCCGUGCCCAGGUCUGUGUACGCGGCGGCGUCAGGGGAGCUGGUGAAGGAGGAGGAGCUUUAUCGCUCCAUCAAGAUCCAGAUGAGAGCGCAGGAGCUGCUCCACAGCGCCGCCCUGCCGCGCAGCGCGCUCACACGCCGACUUAGCCAACGCAAGGGCGCCAAAGACGGAAAAGACGAGAGCGGCUUCACCCACCAACCUCAGAUCAACAGGGAGGUUCCCGACUUCGACGCCAGCUACAGGCGCUUCCAGAAACACCUGGAGAAGAAGAAGGAGGUGAAGCCCAGCACGGCCUGUGAACCGUUCGCCCUGAGGACGUCUCACAUCCCCUCGCACCGCCAACGCAUCCUGGCUGACAUCCAGAAGGAGCAGAGCAGUCCCCGGAUGCUGCGCUGGCCACACAUCGGCCCCGAGCGAAUUCGUACUCCAACCUCGAGCCUGUGCUCGUCUCUGUCCGGCAGCCUGGAGCUCCUCCCCGCCAAAGUCACAGAUGCUACUAAGAAACGCCACGAGGCCGUGAGAAAGGUGCUGGAGCAGAGGAAGGAGGCCGAGGAGGAGGAGGAGCAGAGGAGGGAGCGGCAGCAGCAGAGAGAGAAGAAGCUGCAACGGCUGGUGUUGAAGCGUGCGCAAGCCAACGACCCACACCUCGCUCUGUCCAUGACACACCACGACAAACUCACACAAUUCAGAAAACAAGCUCUCCAGCGUCGGAGAGAAUACCAGCAGGAGAUCAAGGAGAUACAGCAGAGGGUGAAGCAGAGGCCGCUGCUGCUGGAACAGGUUGCACAGAUCAACGCCAAACAAGCGGCAGAGAAGCGCUACACAGGCGCGCUGCGUGGAUGUGACGUGACUGAGGAGUUCGUCAGCGGCAAGGCAACCAAGACCACACAUGUGGGAAGCUCCUCCCACUCCAGCGGCAGCAAACACAGUGACCGCGACGAUGCCGACGAUGACGUGGACACGGGAUAUCAGCGUGUCUGCUACAGAAAAGUCUUCCUCAAUGACGAAGACGAUCCGGGCGAGAGGGAGCGCGAGAGAGCGGAUGAUUACGAGAGCGGCGAGGAACCCGGCGUCUGCCGGCGCUCGCAGGACGACGAGUGCAGCGGUGACAACUACCACUACUCAGACGAUCACGAGAGUUACUCGGACGAGAGCGAGCACCAUGCCGACACCGGACAGCAGGGGGCAGCAGAGUGACGUUCAAAAACUGAGUGUUUACAUCAUUUUAAUUUAAUCAUUUUAAUAAAAUGUCAAACAUUUA